CCUUAGUCAGCAGAUGCCCACGUAAGGUCCCUUAGCAAGGCUCUAGUAGUAGCGCUUCCCUUCCGCUCAGCUUUCCAAGGAGCAACUUAACUUCUUCCUCAACCUCUGCGCAACGACACCGAGCAUCUUUUCCAUCCUCCAUCAUUCCCUUCGGCAUCAAAACCAUCAGCUGUUCAUCCUCCACGAAGGUAUUCGCUCUCAUUGAGGCAAUUCUUCGGCCGCCGACUCCUACGUCUCGACGCUGCUAGCGGUCUCUACACAGUCGCGGUGUCGGUUAUUCUCGCCUCACUUCACCCUUCAGUCCAUCUCUUGCCACACGAUUGCCAUCAUGACGGAAGCCGAGAACUUCGAAGACGAUCUCUUCGCCGACCUCUACGAAGACAAUGAUGCAAAGCCUGCCGCGCCGGCCGCGAGUGCGGCCCAGAAUGCUGACACAAAAGUUCACGACCAGCCCGAACCAGCCGCUGCCCCUGCCUCCGCUGGUGAUGAGGACAACUCUGGCUACGAUGCCAUGAAUCAAGAUGCAGACGACGAUGAAGAUGAGGUUGACUUCAACCUGGGAGGCGGAGGUCCUUCAAACAACACCAAUCAGAAUUUGCAAGAUGACACGCCGGCGACUCCGCCGUACGGGACCGUUCACAAAGCCAGUGCCAAGGAAGAUGGAGCGAAAUCCCUGCGAGAUUACUUCUCACAAUUCGGAGAAGUCGUCGAGUGCACUGUGAUGAGGGACAGCAGCUCUGGUCGGUCCCGCGGCUUUGGCUUCUUGACUUUCAAGGACCCAAAGACAGUCAACAUUGUCAUGGUCAAGGAACAUUUUCUGGAUGGCAAGAUUAUUGAUCCCAAAAGAGCUAUUCCUCGUGACGAGCAAGAAAAGACGAGCAAGAUCUUCGUCGGAGGAGUUAGCCAGGACACCACCGACCAGGAAUUCAGAGAGUACUUUGCCCAGUUUGGUCGAGUCGUCGACGCCACAUUGAUGAUGGACAAGGACACCGGCCGGCCUCGUGGCUUCGGCUUCGUCACCUUUGAGAGCGAAGCGGGCGUGGACGCUUGUAUCAACGUGCCGCUUGAGAUCCAUGGGAAGCCUAUCGAGGUCAAGAAGGCCCAACCGAGAGGUAACCUACGAGAGGAAGAAGAAGCGGCCAAGCGAGGAAAGUUCCGAAAGGGCGACGACCAGUCUGCCCAGGGCGGCAUGGGUCAGCAGAUGGGCGGCAACAACUCGGCCAUGACGCCGCAGCUCAUGGCUCAAUACUUCCAACGCAUGCAGCAGUACUUUGCCAUGAUGCAGUCGCAGAUGGCCAUGUCACGCGGCAUGCCCAUGAACCCAGCCAUGUGGCAGCAGAUGCAGCAAAUGCAGCAGAUGCAACAGAUGAUGGGCCGCGGCGGCGGUCCCGGACAGAACAUGAUGGGCCAGAUGAAUCCUCAGAUGAUGCAGCAAAUGCAACAGAUGCAGCAGCAGAUGAUGGGCCAACAAGGAGGCCAGGGCAACGGCGACGGCGGCUACAACGGCUACGACCAGUACCAACAGCAAGCAUCUCAGGGUCCUCACGGUGGCCGACGGGGCGGCCGUGGAAACUACGGAGGCGGCGGAUACGGGAUGGGAGGAGGAGGCGGAGGAGCCCCCACGUCCUGGGAGGGCAUGUACGAUGAUGUGCCGCAACCGAAUGCCAACCAAGGGUCGUCUCGGCGCGGCGGAAGUGUCGGCCACGGAGGCUCGGAUUCCCAGCACUCUCCGCCAGCCAACGCUCCGACUGGGCCCAAGAAUGCCGGCAAGCCUGGCGCCAACUACCGCGGCGGAGGACGUGGCGGAAACAGGGGCUUCCACCCUUAUGCUCGAUGAAGCAA